AGUUCUAAUAAAGGAAAGAGCUGUGUCCUUCUCUGCCUCAUCAGAUCCCUUCGCUCUGCUUUGUCUGCCUGUCUCAUUUCGGGCUCUCAGUGGCGUUCUGGGGCUCGUAGCCUCUGGAUCAUCUGACAGAGCGUAUGGUGCUGCCAACGCCGUUGGACAUGCUGGAGUGGCCAGAGAAGUUAAUUUUGGAUUAGUGACAGUGUGUCAAUGGCUGCAGAUGCAUCGCAAAGGAAGGCUCUGAGAUACCAGCAGACCCUGCUGUACGGUGAGUACAGGGAGCAGCUGGGAAACUUUGCCCGGAGAGAGGCCGCCCGUCUGCUGACAGAGAGACAAUGGAGGAGACAAGCAGGAGAGAACAGCACGGCCACAGGCCACAGAGGCCUCAGCCGGCGGCAUCAUCAUCAUCAAAACCCUGCGAUCCUGGAGUCACAUCAAAGCCACAGCUCCUCCACCAACAAGCCUCGUCCCUACUCCAAAUGUCAAGAUUGUUUAGCUCGAGUGAGGCGGUACAUCGUCACAAAGAUGGGGGAGGACUGGAUUUUUCUGAUUCUCCUGGGGCUGACUAUGGCUCUGGUCAGCUGGUGUAUGGACUACACCAGCGCCAAGAGCCUACAAGCCUACAAAUGGAUUCAGGGAGAACUUAAGGACAACGUGCCUCUCCAAUACCUCGCGUGGGUGACUUAUCCCAUAAUCCUUAUUGUUUUUGCCUCACUCUUCUGUCACCUGGUUUCUCCCCAGGCUAUUGGUUCUGGGAUACCAGAGUUGAAAACCAUCCUGAGAGGUGUGGUCCUAAAGGAGUAUUUGACCCUCAAAGCCUUCGUAGCUAAAGUCAUCGGUCUGACUGCUGCCCUUGGCAGUGGGAUGCCAGUAGGCAAAGAGGGUCCAUUUGUCCACAUUGCCAGUAUUUGUGCAGCAGUGCUGAGCCGAUUUAUGUCCAUCUUCUCUGGAGUCUAUGAGAACCCUUACGGUUACACAGAUAUUCUGACGGUCGGCUGUGCUGUGGGGGUGGGAUGCUGUUUCGGCACUCCCCUGGGAGGGGUGCUGUUCAGUAUUGAGGUCACGUCCACCUACUUUGCUGUGAGGAAUUACUGGCGGGGAUACUUUGCUGCCACAUUCAGCGCCUUCAUAUUCAGGGUGCUCUCUGUUUGGAACAAGGAUGCUGUCACAAUCACAGCUCUAUUCAAGACAAACUUCAGGAUGGAGUUCCCCUUUGACCUCCAGGAGCUGCCUGCAUUUGCAAUAAUAGGGAUCUCGUGUGGCUUCCUGGGAGCGUUCUUUGUUUACCUGAACAGACAGGUGGUUCUGUUUAUGAGGAGGCCGACGGCUCUCACUCGCUUUCUAACCAAACAUCGUUUGAUCUAUCCUGGAGCAGUGACACUGAUCAUCGCCACCUUCACGUUUCCUCCUGGUUUUGGACAGUUUAUGGCCGGAGAGCUGAUGCCCAGAGAAUGCAUCAACUCCCUUUUCGAUAAUUUCACCUGGACCAAAAUCUCUGGGUCCCCCGCUCCCGCCGGCCUCGGUCGCUCUUCCGCAUGGCUGCAUCCUCAUGUCAGCGUCUUCGUCAUCCUCCUCCUCUUCUUCGUUAUGAAGUUCUGGAUGUCAGCGGUUUCCACCACCAUGCCCAUCCCCUCCGGUGCCUUCAUGCCCGUGUUCAUUUUAGGAGCUGCUUUCGGUCGGCUCGUCGGGGAGAUCAUGGCCACGCUUUUCCCAAACGGGAUACUGUUCGAUGGGAUCGUCUACCGAAUACUACCGGGAGGCUAUGCCGUCAUUGGAGCGGCGGCGAUGACGGGCGCUGUCACACACACGGUUUCCACUGCGGUGAUCUGCUUCGAGCUGACGGGUCAGAUCUCCCACAUCCUGCCCAUGAUGGUGGCGGUCAUCCUGGCCAACAUGGUGGCUCAGGGUCUGCAACCGUCUCUCUACGACUCCAUCAUCCAGGUGAAGAAGCUACCCUACCUGCCGGAGCUGGCUCUCGGACACAUCAGCAAGUACAACAUCUUUGUGGAGGACAUCAUGGUGCGCAAAGUGAAGUUCCUGUCUUCUCAGUCCACCUACCGGGAAUUAAACCACCUGCUGGAGACCACCACCCUGAAAACCAUCCCGCUCGUCGACUCUAAAGAAUGCAUGAUUCUACUCGGCUCGAUUGAGCGGACCGAGCUUCAGGCUGUCUUGGACUGGUGGCUCUCUCCAGAAAGGCGAGUCUUUGAAAGAGGUCAGUGUUCACCAGACCAAGGCUCCAAAGUCAGCUGGGAGUCCUUCGCCUUUGUAGACGAGGAGGAAGACGAUGUUCCCGACAAGACCGUCACGCCCGCUCAGGAGGAAUGCAACGGGCCCGUCCCGUCCCCCGCCCCUCGGGAGCCCGCCACCAACCACACGGGGUCAGACAAACGCAAGCUGCCAUCUGUCAGGACGACUCUUCAGCGACUCUUCUCCUCCUCGUCUUCGACAGGCCAGACGGAAACUCAGGAAGCUACGACUCCUCCGCUCGCUGACACCAUGUCCCCCGAGGAGAUCAAAACCUGGGAGGAGGCGGAGCUGGACAAACCUGUUGACAUGGAGCAGAUACGCAUCGACCCCUCCCCGUUUCAGCUGGUGGAGAGGACGUCGCUGCACAAAACACACACUCUGUUCUCCCUGCUGGGUCUCAGCCAUGCCUACGUCACCAGCAUCGGGAAGCUGGUGGGCGUUGUGGCGCUUAAAGAGCUCCAGAAGGCUAUAGAGGGCUCAACCCGUAGCGGGGUGAGGCUCCGCCCGCCUCUGGCCAGCUUCAGAGACGCCAGCAGGAAAACCAAGAAGCACCAGCCUUCUUCAUCCGCCGCCUCCUCACCCACACGGGACAGAGACCUGUGGGGAGAGGGGAGCAGAAGGGAGAGUGAGCUGCUGAGGAGGGAGUCCAGGGACGAUUCCCGGGGAAAGACUCCAUCUCUAAGAGGAGCCCCUGGGUCGGAAACGGCUCCUUCGUCUCCCAGCAGCUCUGUCGACCCAAGAGGAGCUGAGGGCACUGCUCAGGAUGCAGCAUCCCCCUCGACCUCCUCCUCUACCUUGUCUUCCCCUCCUUCCUCCCCCGUGACACACACCAGCCCUGUACUUACACUGUCCUCCCUGCAGGAGGAGAGGGAAAACGGAGGUGCGAACUGGGAGGAGCCAGGCCUCCUGCAGCUCUCACAGACAUUCAGCUCUCACCCUGCAUGAGGAGCUGCUUCACACAAAGCUCUUAAAACUUCUAGUCCAACAGCAUUUUGUUUUCUAUUUAACCUUUUUCUCUUUUUAAAAUCUCAGGUGCCUUCCUGUCUCUUCGGCCAUGCAGACGUUUUCGGUUUGCUUCCUUAUCUGAUCUGACGGAACCAUCAUCUUGUGUACGAAAACCAGUUCAUUUCAUUAAGUGCACGUGAGCUCCUCACAGCUAUGAACUGUACAAUAAUGAAAGGACACUGACCUAAAUGAUUUGGCCAAGAAGGCCUAUAAGAUCGUGCAUUUAAAGUUUACUGAUUGAAACUCGUUUUAAUGAUUUAAAGCAAUUAAUAUAUUUCUUGUAUCGUAAAUAUUUAAAUCAUCAUCAACAGUUUGUAAUUUUUCAAAAGAAUAAAUUCUUACGUUGUCUAUUAA